UUCGAACAACAGUAGCAGUCUUUAGGUAUUGGUUGCGAUCGUAAGAUCUUCACUAAUCCGUGGACAGUUUCAGAUUUCCUUAGUUGACGAAUAGCUGCAGAAGAAACAAAAUGAAAAUCGCCAUUGUCUUACUGGCCAUCAUUGGCCUGGUAGCGGCCGGCACCCUUCCCAAGAAGGCUACCAAAUAUGCCGAUAAAGAUUUUCUGGCCAAGCAGAAGUUCCUCUUCGAGAUUGUGUAUCGUGUGGAGGACCCAUUGAUGUUUGAGGAAUACAUCAAGUUGGGCAAGUCCUUCGUAUUCCACAAGGAUGACUAUGUUUUCCCUGAAAAAUAUGAUGGCUACAUGGAGAAAUACUACAAGGCUUACAAGUAUGGCGUGACUUUGCCCAAGGGAGAAUUCUUUGGUGCCUUGUCCUAUACCCACUUCGAGCAAAUGUAUGGCUUGUUUGAAUUCUUCUACUAUGCCAAGACUUGGGAAAUCUUCCAACGCAAUGUGUGCUGGGCCCGUUUGUAUGCCAACGAAGGCAUGUUUGUCCAAGCAUUGACAUUGGCUGUUAUCCACCGUGAUGAUUUCGUUGGUUUGAUGUUGCCCACCAUCUACGAAAUCUUCCCUCAAUACUUCUUCAACAGCAAAUUCAUCUACGAAGCUGAGAAAUUCGACUUUGACGUUUGGAGCAAAUACGUUAUGUACGAAAAGGAAUACAAAGACUUCAUGUACAAGGACUACUCCAAAUACUUCAAGGAAUUCGACAACUACGAAUACUUCUACACCAAGGACUUCAAGAUGUGGCAAUGGUGGAAACUCAUGGGUAUGGGUGAGCACUGGUACAGUGUUGAUAAGUUCUUGAUGCGCGACAACAUGUUUAUGUUCAGCAAGGACUCUAAAUAUUUGGAAAUGAUGCACGAUGUUAAGAUGUUCUACAUGCCAGUUGAUUAUACUCGUGAUGUGUACUUCUUCAACAAGGAAUCCGAAUUGUCGUACUUUACCGAGGAUUUGGAGUGGAAUGCCUUCUGGUACUACUUCAAUAUGGACUAUGCUCCCUACUUGGAUGGCAAAUAUUUCGGUUUGAACAAGGAUCGUCGUGGUGAAUACUACUUCUACGUUGUCCGCCAAAUGCUUGCUCGUUACUACAUGGAACGCAUGUCUCAUGGCUAUGGUGAAAUCCCAGAAUUCACCUUCUUCAAUGAAAUCGAAUAUGGUUACGAUCCUCAAUUGGUGGACUACCGCGGUGUGGGUUACUCUUACCGCAAGAACUAUUACGAAUAUGUGACCUACGGCAACUUUGAAUACGUCUACAAGAUGCUUGCUUUCUUCAAGCGUGUUGAAACCAUCAUCACUGAGGGAUACUACACAACCUAUGACGGCAAGAAGAUCGACAUGCGCAAACCUGAAGCCAUUGAAUACCUCGGCGAUAUGAUGCAGGGCAAUGUUGAUGCCUACGAUAAGUACUUCGCCACUUUCUGGUACAUGUAUGCCCAUAUGUUCAUUUCUCAUGUCGAAGAGGAUGACUACUACUUCCAUCCCAAUGUAUUUAUGAACUACGAAACCAUGAUGCGCGAUCCUUUGUUCUACAUGUUCUACAAGAAGGUCUCCGAUGUCUUCUAUCAGUUCUACGAAUACAUUGAUCCCUACACCUAUGAAGAACUGUACUUCCCAGGAGUGACCUUCGAGAGUGUUGAGAUCAGUGACUUGGUAACCUACUUCGAUUUGUACGAUUUCGAUGUCACCAACUUGUUGAACGACAAGAUGACCUUCGUCGAUGGUGAAUUCGUUUGGGACAAGACUCUGUUGGCUCGUCAAAUGCGUCUAAACCACAAAGCCUUCGAGUUCGACUACAGCAUCAAGUCCGACAAGGAUCAAAAGGUUGUCAUUCGUGCCUUCUUGGGUCCCAAAUAUGAUGAAUACGGCCGCGUGAUCUCAUUGAAUGAAAAUCGCGAAAACUUCUUCGAAAUCGAUGAAUUCUACUAUGACCUUAAGGCUGGUGUCAACACCUUCAAGCGCAGCUCCAAGGACUUCUAUUGGACCACAGAUGACCGCACCACCUACACUGAGAUGUACAAGUUCGUCAUGAUGGCCUACGAAGGCAAAUAUGAAUUCCCCAUGGAUUACUCUGAGCCCCACUGUGGCUUCCCCGAUCGUUUGGUCUUGCCUAAGGGCUGGGCUAAGGGUAUGCCCAUGCAAUUCGCCUUCUACGUCUAUCCCUUCAAGGCCUCUUACGAGCCCUACUCUUAUGACUACAACUACACUUGCGGCAUCGGCUCUGGUGUCCGUCACAUCGAUGAAAUGCCUUUCGGUUAUCCUUUCGAUCGUGAAAUCAAUGAAUUUGAAUUCUUUGUACCCAACAUGUACUUCAAGGAUGUCAAGAUCUACCAUCAAGAUACCUUCGAAAAAUACUACGGACAUGAGUACGAACAUUUCGGUUCAUUCGAUUACGGUUACUACUACAACUAUUAAUUGGUUAAACAAGUUAUGUGAUUUAGUUAAAAAAUACUUUUGAAGCAAAGAAACGAAAUAAAAUAAAAAAUAAAAAAAAAAUAUCUAAAAAUAAAA